CAGAGCUCUACGAGCAUGUACGAGCAGCCUCCUACCCACAGUGGCCACAGCCUCGGCCCCACCACAGCCAUCAUCAGGAGAAGGAUAGGUACGGGCCCUAACCUAGUUCGCAGUGGGCCUCAUGAAAGCAGAUUUAUUGCAAAGCAGCUGCGUGCCGCAGGCUGACAUAUACGUAGCCCUACGCUGUCGGUAGUUCCAAUUUGACCAUUGGCAGUGCUGGCUCCAGUCAAGAAAGUGCAAUGGGAGAGCAACUGGGGUUCCUGAAUUGGUUUAAUGAGUCCGUAGAGCACCUUCCGGCUGGUGGAUUAGGCAGCGGAGAGGCCCAAAUCGAUUAGCCUGGCAGCUGUGACGCCCUUCUUGUGAAAAGCUGGAAGAGCGCUAGCAUAGCCCGAUGAGUUAAGCUCUUCAAAGUUUGAUUGUCAAGUUUGAAAGAUGGCGGUUAUUCGUGCGUUGAAUGUUGCUGAAAAGCCUUCCGUUGCAAAGGCAGUUUCUCAGAUCCUGUCGCGAGGACAGUAUCGGACACGUGAGGGCCUUUCUGUCUACAACAAGGUCUUUGAGUUCAACUACACAGUUGGAAACCAGCAGGUGGAUAUGCUUAUGACGUCUGUGAGCGGGCACUUAAUGGAGCUGGACUUUGAGGAUCAGUACCGAAAAUGGCACUCCUGUCAGCCUGUCCAGCUUUAUGAUCUUCCAGUCCAUAAGAAAGUUCCUCAGGACAAGUACGGUCUACGGGAUACGCUUCAUCGGGAGAGCAGGAACUGCCAGUGGUUGGUGUUAUGGUUGGACUGCGAUCGCGAGGGCGAGAAUAUAGCCUACGAGGUCAUCCAGGUCUGCCAAGAGCGCAACCCGAGGUUGAACAUCUUCCGGGCGCGUUUCUCAGCAUUGGUUGAGAGGGACAUCCACCAGGCUAUGCAGACGUUGCAAAGACCGAACCCCCGUUUUGCGGACGCAGUUGACGCACGACAGGAGAUUGACCUGCGGAUUGGAGCGUCCUUCACCCGCUUUCAAACGCUGCUUCUGGCGAAGCGGUUUGAGAUGGGCUUUCACGAGGAGGAAAAGGUCAUUCUAAGUUAUGGGCCAUGCCAGUUUCCGACCCUUGGUUUCGUUGUUGAGCGCUACUGGCAGAUCCAGAACUACGUGCCAGAGGACUUUUGGUACAUCCAUGUGCAGUACCACUCCCAAGAGGAUCGCGUCUCUGCCAACUUCACGUGGCAGCGUGGCCACAUGUUCGACCACCUAGCAGCUACUGUCUUGUACGAGAUGUGUGUUGAGCAGCCGACAGCCACGGUCAUGAGCGUGGACGGCAGGGAUACGCGCAAGUACCCCCCGCAUCCCCUCAACACCGUGGAGCUGCAAAAACGUGCCUCGCGCUACCUCCGGAUAGGGUCCGAGCAAGUCAUGAAACUGGCUGAGGAGCUGUACCAGUGGGGCUUCAUCAGCUACCCUCGCACGGAGACCGACCACUUUCAAGACGGCAUCGAUUUGCAGGGAAUAGUCCAGGAGCACACGCAGCACCCUCAGUGGGGGGCGUACGCGAGCCGACUUCUGGACCCCCAGGAAGGGCUCUGGCGCGCCCCUGGGGACGGGGGCCACGACGACCAGGCCCACCCGCCCAUCCACCCCACCAAGGCGGCCGAUCCGGGGGCCAACUGGACCGCCGGGCACAGGAAAGUGUACGAGCUGGUAGUGCGGCACUUCCUGGCGUGCGUCUCCCAGCCCGCGGUGGGCUUCACUACCACGGUCAUCAUAGACAUCGCCGGCGAGACGUUCACUGCGCACGGGCUCAUGAUCACAGCGCGCAACUACCUGGACGUGUACAUCUGGGAUCACUGGGGCGACAGCAACCUGCCAAACUUCCAGCAGGGCCAGCAGUUUCAACCCACGGAGCUCACCCUGAAGGAGGGACGUACGGCACCGCCCAAUCCGCUGACGGAAGCCGAGCUCAUUGGCCUCAUGGACAAGGCCGGGAUCGGGACGGAUGCCACCAUGCACGAUCAUAUCAAGAAAUUGACGGACCGGUCAUAUGCCGUAAAAGACAACCGGCAGCAGUUUACUCCGACCCCGCUGGGCGAGGCUCUGGUGAUGGGGUACGACGGGAUGGGGUACGAGCUGUGGAAGCCGUUUCUGCGCGCGGGCAUGGAGCGCGACAUGAAGCUGGUGGGCGAGGGCGCCAAGAGCAAGGCCGAGGUCCUGCAGACCAGCCUGCACGCCAUGCGCCAAAUGUUCAGCGACGCCAACCUGCAGAAGGACAAGCUGGUGGAGGCGAUGAGCUGCUACUUUGAGCGCAACGAGAACGCCGGAGCGGGGGCCGGUCGCGACAACGGGCCCGGCGAGCUUGUGCGCCCUUGCCCUCAGUGUCAGAGUAGCAUGUUCCUUAAAACGAGAGCGGGAGGCGCCUUCAUGAUUGGCUGCAGCGGCUACCCACAGUGCCGCAACGUGAUGUGGCUACCUGCCGCGCUGAUAGAGGCGUCCGUGACGGAACAGACCUGUCCCACUUGUCAACCAGGGCCGGUCCAUCUGGUCCAUUUCAAGUUUCGACGUGGGGAGAUACCGGUGCACCUGAGGCCCGAGUUUGCAGCUUGCAUCGGGUGCGAUCGGGACCUGAAGGAGUUGCUGGAGGUAGUCGGCACCGCAGGGCCAUUCAACGCAGCCGCACCUGGCCGUGGUGCUGGUGCGCCCGGGGGGCCUGCCCGGGGCGGUGCGCGAGGCAACGGUGCGGGGCGGGGCAACCCUGGCAGAGGCCGGGGUACGGCUCCCGAGCGGGGGCCCGGGGCGCUGUCGUGCUUCCGCUGCGGCCAGGAAGGGCACCUGUCGUCAAAUUGUCCCGACAACCAGCCAGGGGCGGGAGCUUUCGCUGCGCGAGGAGGUGCACAGGGGGGUGUACCGGGCGCCAGUGGCUCGGGCCAAGGGGCACCGGGAGGGGCCGGGUGUUUUCUCUGUAACCAGACUGGGCACUUUGCGACGGCGUGUCCGAACAGGGGCGGGAGAGCGGGCGGUCGGGGCACGGGAGGAGGUGGCACGGGGGCGCGGGGCGGCGGGGGGCAAGCGUGCUUCAAGUGCGGGGAGGAAGGGCACUUUGCGAGCGCGUGUCCUGGGCCCGGGAAUGGGGGGGGAGGUUCGACGUUUGGGGGGGCACGGGGUGGGUUUGGCGCGGGGGGCGGGGCGGGUUUUGGAAACGGAGCGGGGUCAGGGUUUGGCGGCGGGGGUUCAACGGAGGCGGGGCGGGAGGUUUUGGCAGCUCGGGGGGCAGAGGCGGCGGUGCUCUGA